AUGUCCUCUGUCGGUGUUCCUAUAAAGGUGCUGCAUGAUGCUGAGGGCCAUGUAAUCACAUUGGAGACGAUAAACGGGGAGGUUUUCCGUGGGAAGCUUAUUGAAGCUGAGGACAACAUGAACGUUCACAUGCAAGAAAUAAUUAUGACUGCAAGGGAUGGCAAAACCUCAAGUCUGCAGCAUGUCUACAUUCGUGGUAGCAAGAUAAGGUUUCUUAUUUUGCCGGAUAUGUUGAAGAACUCGCCUAUGUUAAAGAGGCCUCUCGGUGCUCGUGGUUUGGGAACUGGGCGGGGUAAAAACAUCAUCGUCCGUGCUGGCUCUCGUGGUCGUGCUCGUCCCUUACGCGGAGCGCCAUUCAUUCGACGUUAG